UUCAAGGUUUACUUUCUUAUUGCUGUAGUUAAUUCCAUUAAGCAAAUGUUUUCACAUUGACAUAUCAUUACAGACGAACCAACAUAACUUCCAGAAGCAACAGGGUGAGGCGCAAAAAACAUGGCUGUUGGUGCGUGUGUGUGUGCACCAGUUCGAAAAUAUUUUGACCGAGCCAUUCACGAUCUUUCAGUGAACAGCAAAGGAAUUAGAGAUAAACAAUAGACAGAUGAGAGAUUGUAUGAGGCAGUGUCAUGCUCAGAUAAUGGUCAUUGUGCAAUAGGAUGUGAACAGUUAGCUGGCAUUUUCCAGACCUAUUUUACACUAGAGCGGGUAGAAGGGGCACCGGGGUCAUGUAUCCAUGCUUCACCAGCCCUGAGCAAGCCGAUCACAUAGAGAGGAACACGUAUUCAGAGAAAGUCUGAUUCGACUGAAUGCCUUGGGCGCAUUUCACACCAUUUAUUUGAAGAAAGGUGACGCUUGAGCCAGAGAAAGUGGAAACCAACAGCACACCGCCGCAAACAGGGUCCCGUCCUGCUCUCCUAAACCUCAUCCCUUCCAGUGUUGUUCACGCUGUCCAGUCGACCGUGGAGGGCUGGAGCGAAAUGCACCCGCAGCGCCCUCAACCCCAUGCCAUGCCAUCCUCGCUGGGCCAAAACUUGAGAGAUGCGGCCCUGAGGAUGGGCCAUGGCAAGAAUCUGCUGGGAGGAAAUGUAGCCUAUGGGGUUAUCCAGUCUCUCAAAGAGUGCCUGUACUUCCUGCUCUGUUGCUGGUGCAUCAAAGAGAUCUUGGACUAAAAGAAAGCAUCUUGGCACCAGUGGAGUAGCAGUGUUUCAUCAUCAGAGACAUGUUCUCUGCGACAGCAGACCUGAAUCCAGAUCUCUUUACACAUGCAUACACGCAUAUGCCUCACAGCCAUUACAUGCAUGAUACACUGUUGUAUUCAUGCACUUUCAUAGACAGACGCUGGCACAUACAGACUACAUCCAUGGCAAAACGAUGGUCGGAUUUUCAAACAAGUGCAAAAUUUGACAAACCUUUUUUGAGAAU